CCUCUACCGUAGGGUUCUCUCUCUAAAAAAAAGGAGAGGAGGGGGGAACAGCCGCAGGGGGGCAGGACGGCGAAAAUGUCUCGCCGGCGGCGGCAGGGCUCCGACUCCGACGGCGAGGACGACAGCUUCCUCUACCGCUACCCGAUGCCCUCCUCCUCCGCCGGCGCCCCCUCCAGCUUGCCCGCGUCGGGCGGCCACGGCGGGGGCGGCAGGGGCGGCGGCAGCGGCUCGGGCGGGCUCGCGCCGUCCAAGUCCACGGUGUACGUCUCCAACCUGGACUUCGCGCUCACCAACUCCGACCUGCACACCCUCUUCUCCCGCUUCGGGAAGGUGGCCCGCGUCACGGUCCUCAAGGACCGCGAGUCCCGCCGCAGCAAGGGGGUCGCCUUCGUGCUCUUCGUCCGACGGGAGGACGCCGUGGCGGCGGCCGCCGAGAUGCACGGCAAGGUGCUCAACGGCCGCACCCUCGCCGCCUCCAUCGCCGAGGACAACGGCCGCGCCGCGCAGUUCAUCCGCCGCCGCGAGUACCGCGACAAGUCGCACUGCUACGAGUGCGGCGGGGAGGGCCACCUCUCCUACGAGUGCCCCCGCAACCAGCUCGGCCCCCGCGAGCGGCCGCCGCCCUCGAAGAAGUCGCGCCGCGGGGGCGGCGCUGCUGGUGGCCGUGGCGGCGGCGGCGGCCGCGGAAGCGGGGGCGGGGAAGGGGACGGGCCCUCCUGGCAGUCAGACGAGGACGACGACGCCGUCGCCGCGGCGUUCGAGGACGACAGGUGGGCGUCGGUGGUGGACACGAGGGGGGAGGAGGAGAAGGCGGCCGAGAAGGAGGGCAGGGCCAAGGCCAAGGCGGCGAGGAAGGAGAAGAGGAAAGGUUACUUCAGCGACGAGAGCGACGAGGACGAUGACUGAGCUUCAGCAUGCACCUGAAUGCCAACAUACGUCCAGACUGGGUCGUUCCUUGUGGUUUCAAGGCAGUUGGCUCGCAGGCUUAUGCCUGGCAAAUUAUACCAUAGGGAAUUCGACACCAUCAUCAAUGGCUAAGUCCUUGGCUACAAUGGGGGCACUUGAGGGCACUCUGUUAUUCUGCUCAAUGUAUUAUUGACACUUGGAUGUGACAUCAUCUUGUGCUGUCAUGCUGCUAACUUGUGAAGACAAGCAUCCUGUUUUCAAGGAAUCAAUGAUUUGGCACCUUUUGCAUUGAAGAUGACUUGAUGUUGAGUCUGAUGGAAAUAUUGAGAAUAAGGGCGGGCCGCAUCCAUUCUAUGGUCCCUGACCCUUGGUUCCGUGGCAUUUAAUUUGACAGGCAACUCUCUGUUGUCAGAAAGGAUCUGUAGAUAUCCUCAUCUGGAGGAGCUUAACUUAAACAUUGGAAAUUUUUAAGGAUGGCUUCCAGCUGUCCUUCACUUGGGAUUUGGUGAUCUCUUGGGAUUUGCAACGGAUGUCCGUCACAAACAUCAGAGGGUGGGUAACAAAAGUUUAACAUGUCUUGGGGCGAUAUGCUUGAAGGCAAACAAUCAGUGACAAAUCCAGCAGAGAAGUAAAUCGUAGUCUUCUUUUUUGUAAGCAAUCUUAGUCAUUUAAAUGUUUGCUACUUAUGUAGUAAUAGUUGCAUACCUUGUACAUUUAUCAUUUGAAACCAUCCUCUCUGUUCUGGAAUACAUUCAUCAUCUCAGUUAUAGAAUGCAUCUAUUAA